CAGCAGUCAGUCAGCUCCCUGCAGCCGUCAGGUCAACUUCUGCCGCUCAGUCCACCUCUGAUCUCCUAGGCCAAGUAACUCCUUCAGAAAGCCUGCGCGCGCAACGUAGCAUCGUCUGCUAGAAGGAAUACCAGAGGAGGGAGUCGAAGAAACAGCACGGUCAACAUGUCACUGGCAAAAUCUGCGCUCUUGGGCUUGACGGCAGCCCUCGUGGUCGUCUUGGUGACUGGUCAGCAGUAUACCGGAGUAGAUGAAAAUUGCCUAGGAUGUCUGUGCGAGGCCUCUACGAAGUGUCAGAACCGGCUUGACUGCCCCAACGGCUACUGCGGCAUUUUCCUCAUCUCCUGGGCCUACUGGAAGGAAGCUGGUCAACCCACCCUCAAUAACGCCGAUCCCAACAGCCAGACCGCGUAUUCAGAUUGUACCAACAACCCGGUGUGCGCGGCUGAGACCGUCCGUCGCUACAUGCAGAAUUUUGCUCAGGACUGCAACAGGGACGGUGUGAUCAACUGUCAGGACUACGCCCUGAUUCACAAGCUGGGCAGGAACGGCUGCUACGGCUCCCUCUCAGGGGAAUUCGCCACACUGUUUGACACGUGUCGGGCCAAACUUGGCGUCCAAUAAGAUGAGCACUAAUACCACACACACCGCCAGAGGGAACUGACGGACUGUGAUGAGGUCGACCCUGUGAUGUGGCUUGGGACGUGAACACCUUUACUGUCCUUUUGUUGAUUUAUGGACGGGAAUUCAGCACCUUUUAAAAAAGUCUUCUAUGGGGGCUUCCUUGGUGGCAGACAUUUUUUUGUAAUUUGGCUAAUGUUGUUUAUUUAUCAUGUAUAUGUUCCAGUUUUUUUCAUCUAUCUUCAACUAUUAAAAGCAAAUCUUUUGUCUCCAGAAAUUUAAGAGUUUAGCCUUAGUUAUGCAGAUCUCUGUGAAUCAUUUAUGUUAGUAUAUAUAUAUAUAUAUAUAUAUAUAUAUAUAUAUAUAUAUAUAUAUAUAUAUAUAUAUAUAUACACACAAUGCCAUUCACUGUGACAAAUGUGUGUUCCUUGUACAUCCAUCAAACAUCCAUGUAUUCGUGUAACUGAUUAAUAACUAAUAAAGGUAUUUAAACACAUUUUAUA